CAAUUCAUCUUUAUUUAUUCCUGUGGGGUUUACUUGCUUCUCCUCUCUCCUCUUUCUUGUCUGUGCAAAAUCCUUCUUUGGGCCGCUCGUCUUCUUCCUUCUUCCUUGUUUUUUAUCUUUUCUCUUGUUGGUACUCUUUUUGAAGCCGUUCUCUCUCAGUGUCAGUCAACAUGCAAAGAACGGGACACUAAUACUUCCACACACCCCCGGCCCCCCCCCCCCCCCCCCCAAAAAAAAAAAAAAAAAAAACUAGGGUUUCCCUUUCCGAGUUUUCUCAACGCCAAUUUAAGGCCUCUUGAAUGUUAGAGUUUCGGACAUAAACUUAAAAGGGUUUUUAGAAGGGGAGAGAGGGAUAGAGAAGGAAGCCCUAAGCAGCAAAGAAGAUAACAAAAAGGGUUUGCUUGCCUUCUUUCUCUUCCUUUCUCUCAGUUUUCAGCAGAGAGAGGGAGUUGGGAGACAUUUGGAUAGAUAUAUCCUUGUGUCUACUCUACCUCUCUAUCUUCUUCCCUUUUGUUUCUAUUUUCUUAUGAUUUCUUUAUUUUGGGGGAAGUUUUAAUUUUCUCUUCAUUUUUUUAAAAAACCCAUUUCAGGAUUUCUUUGUUUGGCUAUCUGUGGUUUGGUUUUUGAAUGAUAAUUUCAAGAUUCAAACUUGGUUAUGCAUGGUUUCUUGUGAAUCUAGAAAGGGCGUUUAAGUCUAGUGUAAAAAUAGAGUAAAAAAAAACAGGCUUAAGCUUUAAUGAGUUUUGGGGGUUUCCUUGAAAACACUAGUCCUGGUGGUGGUGGCGCAAGAAUCGUGGCUGAUAUACCUUAUAACAAUAACAAAAACAUGCCCCCUGGUGCAAUGGCACAGACUCGCCUUGUCUCUCCUUCUCUCACUAAAUCCGUGUUCAACUCUCCUGGACUCUCUCUAGCCCUUCAACAGCCAAACAUAGAUGGUCAAGGAGAUAUAACUAGAUUGGCUGAGAACUUUGAGACAAGUGUGGGUAGGAGAAGCAGAGAAGAGGAACAUGAGAGCAGAUCUGGUAGUGAUAACAUGGAUGGCGCGUCUGGUGACGAUCAAGAUGCAGCUGAUAAACCUCCAAGAAAAAAGAGAUACCACCGACACACUCCACAACAAAUCCAAGAACUUGAAGCCUUGUUUAAGGAAUGUCCUCAUCCUGACGAGAAACAAAGAUUGGAGCUUAGUAGAAGGCUGUGCUUGGAGACUAGGCAAGUCAAGUUCUGGUUUCAGAAUCGUAGAACCCAAAUGAAGACUCAACUGGAGCGCCAUGAGAACUCAUUACUCAGGCAAGAUAACGACAAGCUUCGAGCAGAAAACAUGUCCAUAAGAGAUGCCAUGAGAAAUCCAUCGUGCUCAAACUGUGGUGGUCCUGCGAUAAUCGGUGAUAUUUCACUUGAAGAACAGCAUUUGAGGAUUGAGAAUGCUAGAUUAAAAGAUGAACUAGAUCGAGUUUGUGCACUUGCGGGCAAGUUCUUGGGUCGCCCCAUAUCUUCGUUAGCUUCUUCACAUGGCCCUCCGAUGCCGAAUUCAAGCCUGGAACUUGCAGUUGGCAGUAAUGGUUUUGCUGGUUUAAGCACCAUGGCUACAACAUUGCCUUUGGGACCUCAUUUUGAAGGUGGGAUUUCUGGUGCUUUGCCUAUGGUAACUCAAACUAGACUAGCAACAGCUGGUGUUACUGGUAUUGAUAGAUCAUUAGAGAGAUCCAUGUUCUUGGAGUUGGCUUUAGCUGCCAUGGAUGAAUUGGUGAAGAUGGUUCAGACGGAUGAGCCUCUUUGGAUCGGGAGCUUUGAGGGUGGUAGAGAAAUACUGAACCAUGAGGAGUACUUGAGAACCUUCACUCCUUGCAUUGGAAUGAAGCCUAGUGGCUUUGUUAGUGAGGCAUCUAGAGAGACUGGUAUGGUAAUCAUAAACAGUUUGGCCUUAGUUGAGACACUGAUGGAUUCGAACCGAUGGGCAGAAAUGUUUCCUUGUAUGAUUGCAAGGACGUCUACCACUGAUGUGAUAGCCAGUGGAAUGGGGGGGACUAGAAAUGGUUCACUUCAGUUGAUGCAUGCCGAGCUCCAAGUCUUAUCCCCAUUGGUUCCGGUGCGUGAGGUAAAUUUUCUCCGAUUUUGCAAGCAGCACGCAGAGGGGGUUUGGGCUGUUGUUGAUGUAUCCAUCGAUACCAUCCGAGAAACUUCCGGUGCACCCCCGACAUAUGUGAACUGCAGGAGGCUUCCUUCUGGUUUUGUGGUGCAAGAUAUGCCCAAUGGGUACUCCAAGGUUACAUGGGUUGAGCAUGCAGAAUAUGAUGAAAGGCAACUACACCAGCUCUAUCGGCCGGUGAUAAGCUCCGGCAUGGGCUUUGGUGCCCAACGAUGGAUAGCUACCCUUCAACGUCAAUGCGAGUGUUUAGCCAUCCUCUUGUCCUCCAAUGUACCUAGUAGAGACCACACAGCGAUAACUACAAGUGGUCGCCGAAGCAUGUUGAAGCUGGCGCAAAGAAUGACCGAUAACUUCUGUGCUGGGGUUUGUGCCUCCACAGUGCACAAAUGGAACAAGCUGAAUGCCGGAAAUGUUGAUGAAGAUGUUAGGGUUAUGACCCGAAAGAGGGUUAAUGAUCCUGGUGAGCCACCAGGCAUAGUUUUGAGCGCUGCGACCUCUGUCUGGCUACCUGUUUCUCCACAAAGGCUCUUUGAUUUCCUACGCAAUGAACGACUUAGAAGCGAGUGGGACAUACUCUCCAACGGUGGACCAAUGCAGGAAAUGGCCCACAUUGCUAAAGGCCAGGAUCACGGCAACUGUGUCUCUCUCCUACGUGCUAGCGUAACCUCUCUUCUCUUCAUAAGUAUUUUAUAUUAUAUAUCAGUUGCAAUGUCUCUUCUUUUUCUUGCAUUCCUGCACAAGAUAGAUAUAAAAUCGUUCUGGGUCAGGAAAAUAAGUUCAUGUUUGUGUUUGGUUAUAAAAGUAUUUUUUAAUUCAAAAUAUAUUAAAAUAAUAUAUUUUUUAAUUUUAAUGUUUUUUCGGGAGUUGAAAAAAAGAGAAGGCACCUUAAGUUACAAGGGUUUCUCUCUUUCUCUGCUUUAGAUAGGACAUGAUUUUUUUUGGAAAAUAGUGUCGUGGGGGAUGAUUUAAAUUUCUGGCGUGUCCCUUGGGUGUGUCAGGUCGAUUAGUUUUUGUCGUGGUUAGAUAAAAAGGUGAAAUACAGAGGAAUUUGGAAGUAUCAUCUGUAUGGUCACGGAUAGACAUGACCAGUUUUUAGGCACAAUCUCUAUCCUUCGUAUGCCUCAAAAAGUCAAAAUAUAAUGAACACCUGUCACCGUUUAUGUAAAAAACCUGAUCUGUUAUGACAAUCGUAUAUACGUUAAAGAAAAGGUUAAAACGUCAUCUGAUCUAAUGUAAAUCCAAGUCAAAUUCAGGGACCACUAUUGUGAUUUACCCUGUUCUGGUUUCUCCUUCUUUUCCCCUCC